CUACCUCUUUUUUACUUUUGGAGAGAGCCAAGCCGUUAGGAGAGCAUUCAGCAUCAGCUGUUCAACACUGGUCUCUCAUUGCUGGACGUCGGGGCUGAAUCAGUCACAUGACAGAACUGGAGGCAGAGAUCUAGAGAAAAGGCACAGCAUUUCGGCUUGCACCGCCAUACUGUAUUUUGAGCCAUAUCACAUUUUUAUUGCAACAUUUUACUCCCGCUCGGUGAGUACAUUUCCAAUGGCUUUUUUGUAAGCAUUUUUUGUCUUUUUAAUUGCCCCCUUUUUUUAAUUUUUCUCUCUUUUGCUGGUGUUUGAAUUGAGCAUUGACAUGGUGGUUUUGAGCGUUUUUCACAUCCAGGCUUCAAGUUUUUAGCAUGCAGUUAUUCUGAUCCAGAAGAGGGUAAUCGGUGCGUUAUCGGUCUUGAGAAAGCCUUUACUUGCUUGCAGUUUUGUUUCGAGGGUCGAAACCAAGCAGCUUUUGUCAGUAUUGAGAUUUUUCAAACAAUUUAUUGGUGGUUUUGAAACAUUUUUAUUUUUUUGUUUCUGUCGACUUUUGCUGUUGCUAUGCUUUGGUUUGCAUUUUGCAGUGUUGUUUGUUGCCUUCGAGUUUUGUGAUUUUGGUGUGUCGGUGAAUGUCACCGAUCAACCCCUUUGCUUUUACUUUUCUUUAUAAAAAAAAGGAGUCAUUUUUAAAGCCCGAUGACGUUUUAACGUGAUACUUUUCUUGUAGCUGAGCUCUCAGGUUUGUUGUUUUUGUGUUUCUCUCUUUUUUUCGAUUUCAUUAUACUUUUGCUGGUGGCAGUGUCAAGUAUUUUUGGAUGUUAUCGUUUUUCGACUAGAUGAUGCUGGGUGGACGAGGGGAGUUUUGAUUCUUGGGGGAGUUCAAUGCGUUUUUGUUUUCGGUAUCAACGAGGAUGAACAGACAUUUUCCCUUUUGCAGGAGGGCAACUGGAGGAGAAUGACUGGUAAACUCCAGACCAGCAACGUGACCAACAAGAAUGACCCGCGCUCCCUAAACUCCAGAGUCUUUAUCGGCAACCUCAACACAGCCAUCGUCAAGAAGACCGACAUAGAGGUCAUCUUCGCCAAGUACGGCAAGAUAGUGGGUUGCUCUGUGCACAAAGGUUACGCCUUCGUACAGUAUUUAAACGAGAGGAACGCCCGAGCAGCUGUGGCGGGAGAAAACGCCCGUAUCAUCGCUGGACAGCCUCUUGACAUAAACAUGGCAGGCGAACCCAAGCCAUACAGGCCCAAAGCCGGCUCCAAACGGCCGCUCUCAGCUGUUUAUAGCGGUUAUGAAUUUGAUUACGAGUACUACAGGGAUGAUUUUUACACCAGGCUUUUUGACUACCAUGGCAGAGUGCCCCCCCCACCAAGAGCUGUGAUCCCCGUCAAACGCUCCAGGGUGCUCGCGCCCUCCUCCCGCCGCGGGAAGACCUCCUUCCCUAUCAAAACAUCCUCCUCUUCCUCCUCUUCAUCCUCCAGACCUCCCUCAUCCGGGCUCAAACCAGUGAAGACGGACCAGCUUCAGACUAUUAAACGGGAGCUCACUCAGAUCAAGUUGAAGAUCGACUCUUUGCUGGGACGCCUGGAGAAGAUCGAGAAGCAGCAGAGAGCCGAGUCAGAAGCUCAGAGAAAGUACGAGGACAACUGUGAUUCCCUGCAUGAGGAGUCUGUGUCCGAGACGGCCGAAAACUCUGUGGAGGAGGUUGGCGAGGGGGUGCUGGACAUGGAGGCAGGAGAGAUGACCGAUGGCGGCGAGGACGACUACGACGAGGAGGGCAGCCACCAUCUGAUAGAGAACCAUGCAUCGGAUGUUGACAACUGAGAUCAGGAUGAGGCAGCAGACACCCCUGGUCAGUGGUAUUAGAAUUCAUCAUCACCUUCAAGAGACAGAACAGGAUCUCUGAGGGAUCAAGACUUUCAUUCUGGACUGUAAGUUGUGUUCAAGUGAUGCUGAAUCACAUUUAGAUGCCCAACUGUGAAGCACAAACCAAAUGCAAUGUGCUCUCUAAAGAAAAUGUAUUCAAGACCCAUUUUAAUUCAUUGGCCUGAGUUCACCUCAUGGAUAGUCUGCAACUUAUUUAUUCAUUGCAAGAGGCUAACCACAUCAUGUGCGAAUCCUGUUCCUGAAAAAAAUAAAAAAGAAGGGAAUGAAAUGAACGCUUUUAUUCAGAUCAAUAAAUUGAAUUACAUGUUUUUUUUACAUGUGUUUGCAAUGUACAAUUUACAAUGUUUUUCAAUGAAUUUCUGUUGUUGCUCAAAAAUGAAAUGACUAAAAAACAGUCAGAACAAUCUGCGAUCGCAGUAUGACAUUCACAAAAUGAAACAUCGGUGCCGUCUGGUUCGGAUUUGACUCAAGCAUAAGCCAGUAGCUGUGAGCACAACUUUAUUCAGCUUUAUCCAUUUAUCACACAAAUGCCCUGUGGGGCCGUUCCAUCAUAUAUUCCAACACCUGCCAAGUUUCAGAAGCAGAAAGGGCUUCCUGUGGUAGAGAGCCAACAUUGGCACAUGCCUCCUGCCAGGGAGCAGUGCUCCAACGUCGCUACUCCCUGCUCAGCCUGUGUAUCCCAACAUGCAAUGCUGCUGUUCAGGAGCCAAUGCCCUUUCUCUUUCUCCUCUACUAUCUGCCUCUGGAUUCUGCAUUGAUUCUGUCUUAUGUAGGCAAGAGAGCAAGGCAAGGUUUUUUAAAUUAUAUAUUGAGAUGCCUUGAUUUUAUCUAAGGAUGUGAUUCAGAUUGCUUACAUCUCUAAAUAAAUAUGGAAUAAUCUGAUAUGACACAAUGGCUAAUGCUGCCUUAACACAACCUAAAUAACAUAUUACUCUUUUAAUAAGUUACCCAUAAAAGUCAAUAAUAAAGUGAAGUGCAAACUGUGUUGAGAUGAAGCUGAACUAGCCAGCAUUGGAUUUUUAAUUAACCUGAUUAUAAAUACAUUGCAAAGUGAACCAACCAGUGACUGGAUGUCAGCAUGUUCUACUGUCAAUUAUUCUCUUCAUGUUUGCCCAUUUCCCCCCCGAAUAUGUAACGAAAUAAAUUCACUCCAAACAAUGA